AUCCCAUUUAAGUCAGUUCAACUAUCUUGACAAAAGAUUACAAUUUGGUCAUUUAAAUCUUUAAAACUCGCUCUUCUUCACUAUUUGACUACAUAUGCCUUUUCUUUAUAAUUUUUAGCCAAUUUUUUAUAUUCAGCUUUAUAGAAGAAACAUGUCGGAGGAGAAUUCGAUAUCGUUUAAAAAGAAUUUCUUUAUCGCGACGUAUGAAGCUGCUGCAUUCACCAUGACAAGGUAUCCAUACCUAUGCGCUGUGUUGAUGAUGGUCACGACAGCAGAAGAGUCAAAAACGAGACAGUUCGAUCGUACCGCUUUUAAUUAUAUUUACGCACACUUAGGCGUGGCCUUUGUUGGUGGAACUCUUCUUUCGUUCGACAUGUUUGGUUUGAAACGUUGGACAGCACUUGCAAUGGCUGUUCAGACAAUCGUCAUUUCUUACGACGAAUACACUCUUACAAAGGGAGAACAAAUAGCAAUGCGUUUGCUUUGUAGAAAUCUUGGUAUUAUUGGGUGUUAUUUAUCGGUUGCCGGCGGUAUUGCUAAAAACAAAGGAGCUGCGGAUAAGAAUAAAUAUCUGUUGACUUUUGGGCGUCAAUUAAUUGGAGCGUAUACCAUGCUAACAGCCGUCUUAAUAUGGAAUAGCGAAGAGGAGUUCAGCUCCCAUGCGAAGGCGUUGCCGGGCGGCGCAUUGACUGUGUAUAUCUACAUUGCUGUUUAUAUGAUGUGUAGCAUUUGUAUCUACAGUGGGUAUGAAGUUGUCAAGAUGUGUAAAUUGUUAAUGUGUUUGUUAUUCGCUAUUACUCUUAUUGUCGAUAUGGACGUUAAAAUGUGGACAAAGCACGCUGGUAUAGGGAAGUGGAAAACCAUGACCAUAGCUGCACGACAUGUUCCUAUUAUAAGUAUUCUUUUGUUAAUCCGUGACGGAUAUUAUUAAAUUUGUAAUUAUUGAAUGCGUGAAGACUACACGUAUGCAUUGCUUAUUUUAUGGAUUAUAAACGUUCGAGCGA